AUGGUACCAAAUGCACAUAAACGCCCGCCUGGAUCGAGGCAAACGACCAUCCUGGUGAACAACCUGCACUGCCCGUCCUGUAUCGUUAAUAUCGAAGAAACGCUCUCCGUUCUUUAUCCACCUCCACUUUCUAUAUCGACCUCGAUUGUGCUGCGUAAGAUCAAGAUCGUCCACCUCGAUACGCUCAGUCCCUCCCGGAUAGUCCGUGCUCUCGCAGAUGCCGCUUUCGAGAUCGACAGCGUGCUGCCUCCCAGCGACUCCGAAGAUUUGGAACUCUACGACGCUUCGCGCUUGAACCCCCCCAAAACGGAUUUACAGAAGCUGCAUGCUCAAAAAUGCGAUGAAUGUGCUUUGCGCCAGGAAGGACCACCCUCUGGCGUUUCGAGCUCUACUGAAGUCGAGGCUCUGCCCAAAAAGGAUAGCUCAGAGACCACUAUAUCCGCUAGCUCUAGUGAUGUCGACCUCACAUCCAUCAACACCGACCACUGCACCGGCUCACUAACUCGAAUCAUGCUGGCUAUCAACGGCAUGUCAUGCAGCUCAUGCGUGAGCAAGAUCGCCGCUGCGAUACAGGAAAAGCCUUGGGUCCGAACUGCAGAUGUCAACCUGCUAACCAGCAGCGUUUCUGUUGUCCUGUUGGAUGGGUUUCGCGUGGAUGAGGUUCUCAGGACUGUCAAAGACGCUGGAUACAAUGCAGAACUGAUUGACAGGGAAGAGGUCCAGCCCCCGGAACAGAGCAAGCCAACAUUCGCUUCAGCGGAUAUCUGGCGGGACACGUACGCCAUCGGUGGCAUGUCUUGCAGUUCCUGUGUUGGGAAGGUUACGGGCACGUUGAACCAUCAUGACUGGAUCACAAAGGUUGAUGUAAACCUUAACCUUAUAUCCAGCAGCGGGAUGGUGGAGUUUCAAGGAGAGGGCCAUCUGGAGCAGAUUGUCAACACCAUACAGUCUCGGUUAUUCUGCGACGCUCAGUGA